AUGAUAUAUGAGCUACGCAAACCUACUGUCAUGGCGUUGGAUAGAUACUCUCGAACGAUGCAAGAACGCAUUAAAGACGAUAUUCUUUCUGUGUUCGAGAAAAAUGUAUUCGUUCGAGAGGCAACAGGCUUCAACGUAGAUAUGCGAAUCGGUAUCCACACGGGCAAUGUUCUGUGUGGAGUGUUGGGUUUACGGAAAUGGCAGUUUGACGUUUGGAGCGACGACGUGACCCUGGCAAACCAUAUGGAAAGCGGUGGCGUUGCAGGACGUGUGCACAUCACAAAAGCAACAUUGGAUUACUUAGGAGACAUGUUCGAAGUGGAACCUGGGGCAGGCGCUUCACGAGAGUCUUACUUAGCGGAUCAUAAAAUUGAAACAUAUCUCAUAGUGCCACCGAAGAAACUCUCUACCGAUUUGGGUAAGCCAUCCAAAGCCGAUUCCCACACACCCACAUCGGGCUUGGGCACACCGUCUCCAACGGCGAUGGUUCAAAUCAAUGAACCUGAGCAGGAACAUUUGCUUCCGGUUUUGGAUACACCAAAAGCACACAACACAUCAAGAGCUCCCAAAUCUCCGGAUGACGUGAGGCGGUCACACGCUUCCAUCUCACCCGUUACAAUUCCAGAGGAGCAGGAGCAACUGCUGCCAUCAUAUCCGGGCAAUAUUGCUUCCGGUGGGUUUGGCCUUCUUCCACCUUCUUCUCCGAGCUCCAAGCAAACUGUGCAAAUUAACCCACCCACCAUUAACGAGGAGACGGUGGAUAACGACGGUAUAACCGACGAAACGAGUGAUGCGGAUGAUGGAGAAUCAAGGAAAAAAUCCUGCCUAACGCUUCCCGUUGAACCAAUUACCACCAAUGGGCACCUUCCGGAGCGUGUCGGAAGUCGCAAGCUCUCCGUACAAGGACUUAUUGCAUUCGCUGAGCGACGCAAAUCGUCAGGGUCUAUUUUCGGUGACAUGCGCAAAAUGUCGAUUUCCAACAUCGAUUGUCUACGGUCACCUAUGGUAGCAACGCCAGGAGGACCACUUGUACGCACUCGCCCCUCAUCUAAGAUGACUAAGUACGUUGAAUGUUGGGGUGCUGACAAACCGUUUGCAAACAUCACCGAUUCCAAGAUGGCCAAAAACAUCGGAUUAGCGAGCAUAGCCAUGAUUGAGUCAAACUUGCUUCCGGAGGAUGGUUACUGUGGUGAAUGCAAAUGCUGGGGUUCACCCAAAGAGCUACAACCAGUUACCAUGUGGUAUAGAAACACAGCCAGGGAAAGUUUAUUCCGUGCACAACCAGAGCCAACAUUUCGUUUUGAUCUCAUCUGUUCCUUCAUUCUUUUCCUGACGAUAGGACUGAUACAACUGGUCGUAUUCAAAAGCAAUGUAGUCGUUAUUGGUUCCCUCAGUGCAACAACCGUAGCUAUAGGAAUGUUUUUAUACUUAAGCAACUACCAGAUGUCAAACUUAUCACCUCCGGGUAACAACGGUCCGGGACAAAUUAUAGCUGCUAGUCGAGGUCUUCGAUUAGCAAUAUUCCUUAUUGCUACAGCUCUCAUCGCAUCUUGUGCCAUUUUCAGUGUGAUAAACUUUGAUGAUUUUGUUGUAGCAGACAUACAUUUUGUGAACAACACCACCGAAGACAUCACAUACAAUGACACAUUUGCCCCGGUCGCUCCUGUCUACCUCUACAUGUGCGCAGUCAGCCUAGCAGCAGUAUCUGCUUUCCUGAAGGCAAGCUUUCUUGUCAAAGGAAUGUUGAUGGCUACUAUCCUCGCUAUCCAAUCAUCUAUUCUUUGGACAAGUUCAUUGUUCGAAGCAUACGGAUUAAUGAGCAACUCAUGGCCAUUAGGAUUUCAAGGCUUGCUUUUUCUGCUCCUGAUAUGUGCUGUAUUGCAUACCCUCGAUCGUCAAGGCGAAUAUGUUUCCCGAACCGACUUUUUGUGGAAAGCUAAACUAAAAGUGGAACAAGAAGAGGUAGAAACUAUGCGUGGAAUCAAUAAGAUAUUAUUAGAAAACAUUUUGCCCGCCCACGUCGCCCAGCACUUUCUGAAAAAAGAACGUGCUGUGCAGGAGCUUUACCACGAGAGCUAUUCUUCAGUGGCAGUCAUGUUUGCAUCUAUACCGAACUACAAAGAGUUUUACGACGAAACUGAUGUGAAUAAGCAGGGACUUGAGUGCUUACGACUACUGAAUGAAAUUAUCUGUGACUUUGAUAAGCUUUUAUUAAAGCCAAAGUUUAGCGGCAUCGAGAAGAUAAAAACCAUCGGAAGUACCUAUAUGAUUGCAUCCGGACUGCGUCCUGGCAAGGAAGAGGGAGCUACGAAAAAUAAUGAACUGGAUGAGAAACGUACCGAGGAGCAUAAUGUGGUGGUGUUAGUGGAUUUUGCCAUCGCUCUCAUGACGGCUUUGGAUCAAAUAAAUCGAGAAUCAUUCCAACGAUUCCGGUUACGGAUAGGCCUCAAUCAUGGACCAGUAAUUGCUGGCGUCAUAGGAGCCCAAAAACCACAGUAUGACAUCUGGAGCAAUACGGUGAACGUUGCAUCGCGUAUGGAUUCAUGCGGAGUAAUGGGACGAGUACAGGUAACAGAAAAUACUGCAAAAGUUCUGAUGACAGCUGGUUAUACAUGCGAAUGCCGCGGGCCAAUACAUGUUAAGGGUAAGGGUAUUCUUACAACCUAUUUCGUGAAAACACCAUUCGAUGAACGUAUAUAAGUAAAGAUAUGGCAAACCGUGCCAAAAAAACAAAUUUGUAAAAAUCAAAACGUACACCAAAGACAAAUAGAGCUGGUAUUAAGAUAUUCAGUAUUACAUCGUUUAUAUGAAUAAACAUUUGAUCAUUUGUAGCCAUCGCCAAAAAGAGAUAAAAUCGACAAAGAAGAUUAUUUAUUAUGUACAGCUAAAUUAUCGAGCUGAGAUGCGUUUAGCAUGUUAUUGAAAAGUUCAAUAAUUUAUUGAUGGAUGUUUUACACCUUUUCAUUAGCUAAAUUAAAUUUUAAAACAAAGUUUAGUUACUUAUCUUCUGUGCAAUUCCAUCAUGUGUCAUGGCAAUGCCUCAACUCCAAUGUAUUCAAAAUCAAAUAAAUUAUAAUUGCACCAAGUUU